UUGGUCAGAACCGCUGCCGGUGUUCCUGGGAGGAGGCAGCCGGCUCCGCUAGAAGCCUGCACCCGCUGUCAGCUCGGACCGGACAUCACUCCGCUCCCUCAGCUAGCUGCUGAACUGUACCGUGGACGUUUAUACUAAACCAGGAUCGAAGAUGUCUCCGAAAAUCAAGGCUGGCUCUGUGGUGGAGAUGCAGGGAGACGAGAUGACUCGGGUCAUCUGGGAGCUCAUUAAGGAGAAGCUCAUCUUCCCGUACCUGGAGCUCGACCUGCACAGCUACGACCUCGGCAUGGAAAACCGAGACGCUACAGACGACAAGGUGACGGUUGAGGCGGCGGAGGCGGUCCGGCGUUACAACGUGGGCAUCAAGUGCGCCACCAUCACGCCGGACGAGAAGCGGGUGGAGGAGUUCAAGCUGAAGCAGAUGUGGCGCUCGCCCAACGGGACCAUCCGUAACAUCCUGGGAGGCACCGUGUUCAGGGAGGCCAUCAUCUGUAAGAACAUCCCCCGACUGGUGCCCGGCUGGGUCAAACCCAUCAUCAUUGGCAGGCACGCCCACGGAGACCAGUACAAAGCCACGGACUUUGUGGUGCCUGGACCUGGGAAGGUGGAGAUGAUCUACACACCAACCAGUGGAGAGCAAGUCAAGUUUGUCGUCCAUGAGUUUGAGGGUACAGGCGGUGUGGCUUUGGGCAUGUACAACACAGAUAAGUCCAUCAGAGACUUUGCUCACAGCUCCUUCCAGAUGGCUCUGUCCAAGGUGUGUCCACUCUACCUCAGCACCAAGAACACCAUCCUGAAGAAGUACGACGGGCGCUUCAAGGACAUCUUCCAGGAGAUCUACGAGAAGGAAUAUCACACUCAAUUCGAGGCCAAAGGAAUCUGGUACGAGCACCGUCUCAUCGAUGACAUGGUGGCUCAGGCCAUGAAAUCUGAGGGAGGCUUCAUCUGGGCCUGCAAGAACUACGACGGAGAUGUUCAGUCUGACUCUGUGGCACAAGGUUAUGGAUCUCUGGGUAUGAUGACCAGCGUGCUGAUCUGCCCUGACGGACGUACGGUUGAGUCUGAGGCCGCCCACGGCACCGUGACCCGCCACUACAGACAACACCAGCAGGGAAAAGAAACCUCCACCAACCCCAUCGCCUCCAUCUUUGCGUGGACCCGAGGCCUCCUCCACCGGGCCAAACUGGACAACAACGCAGAGCUGCGAGUGUUUGCUGAGGCGCUGGAGGCCGUCUGCAUUGAGACCAUCGAGGCCGGUUUCAUGACCAAGGAUUUGGCGAUCUGCAUCAAGGGAAUGCCAAACACCACUCGGGCCGACUACCUGAACACCUUCGAGUUCCUGGACAAGUUGGCGGAUAACCUGAAGGUGAAGCUUACCAGCAAGCUGUGAUCUCCCCUCCGAGCUGCAGCCGUUAAAGACAGACACACACAUAAUCCAAACACAUCACAACAUCUAGCCAACCUGUGAGCUGCCACAGAGAGCUCAGGACUGCAGGAGAACUCUGAGUUAGUGGAAGGAGGGCGACUCGUCUGGGAUGAAGGAGACUCUGACCACCAUCAUCAUCACGACUAAUCUGAGAACUCCAGCAUCUGCAGCCUCCAGCUCCAACCUGCUGGCUCUUGUUUACUCGUCAGUAUUUGUGUUGGAUGGGGGACUGAAGGAAGUGUCUGGACCUUCACUGCCUUAUUCGUUUUGUGUCAAAUCAUCAUCAUCAACAAAGCCUCAGCAAUGUCGUGUUUUUAGAGCCUGAAUCUCACUAAUGAAUCACUGUAGCAGAGCGAUGAAGCAUUCCUGAAAAUUUACACCACGAAACACAGAAGUUCUAACUUUGUAAAGAAACUACUAUUAGUUUUUGUACUGUUUCUGCUCAGUUGUGUAUUUAUUUGUCCUCCCGGUCUGUCUGUGUGUGUGUGUCUGCAUUAACGUCCAGUAUAACACAUCAUCUCCUGCCAAAUAAUAACAAUCAUCUGUUGGUUUGUAAAUCAACAUUAAACACUUAUUCAUUCCUGAUGUGAUAACUCGUAAUAAAUGAGUUUUUGAGAGA